UAUUUCCACUUGUACUUGAUACAUUUUUCUGAUCGUGACCCCACCGUCUCUCCUACUCCCCUCACAUUCUUCACUAGCUCUUCCUAGAAGAGAGUCUCAUUUUUCUCUCUUUUCUGAUUAAUUUGCUAAAACCAUUCUUUUAAACAUAUUUUUAGAGAGCAACCAUUUGCUUCAUUCUUAUUAAUCAAACAUUUAGAAUUGGUUAAUCCCGUUCAUAUUUGUUACAAAUCCCAUUUCGGAUAUUAAUUUCGGGUUUAAAGAAAAGUCGUUCACCCUGCAACUUUUCUUUCCAGUGGUUCUAUGUUCUGAACUUGUCAUUUUCCACCUUUCCAUUCUCUUUUUCUUCCCCAUUCAGACGCUUGUACCAUCUCUCAUCCUUUUUGCUGCAUUCACCGCGUAAAGUGGUCUUUUCCUAGAGAUUCCGAACGCGUUUCGAUGAUGCUGUGAAAGAGUUUAAAUUAUCCUUCAAACAGCGCAUCUGUAGCUAGUUUGGAUUCAAAAUUUCUAGAGAGCCAGCUGACAGUGUGCGUGAGAGAGAGAAAUUCAUGAGGGGUUUUCCGAAACAUGAACGACGGUGGGCGUCUGAUACGGUGUCUUCAGGUAAAUUUGCAAGUGGAAGUUCAUCACCUGUAAACAACGAAACAUCUGGCGCAAUGGAUCAAGAAUUUGUUCAAGUAACCCUUGAUUUUCAAGACGAUGAUACAAUUGUGUUGAGAAGUGUUGAACCUGCUACCAUUAUUGAUUUAGAUCAAGAAAUUGUUAUUUCUGGUAGUGGUGGCGGUGGUGGUGGAAGUGAAACUUCUUUAUCAUCAGCGGCAUCAAGAUCACCAACAAUAAAAAGAAGUUCAUCGCAUAAAUUUCGUCAGUUUUCUCAAGAACUGAAAAAGGAAACAGUAGCCAAAGCUAAAGCAUUUUCACAAGAGUUUAAAGCUGAACUUAAUAGAAGAUUUUCAUGGAGUCAUAAUCAAUCAUCAAAAACACUUUCUUCUUCUACAGCAGUAGCAAAUGAUAACAAUGCGGGAACUUCUGAUUCAGCUUUAGCUGCUAGAGCUCUCCGUAAACAACGUGCUCAACUCGAUCGAACUCGGUCUGGUGCACAUAAAGCUCUGAGAGGAUUAAGAUUCAUUAGCAAUAGUAAUAGUAAUAGCAGUAGCCAUAGAAAUAAUAUUAAUUCUGUUGAUGCUUGGAACGAAGUUCAAAGCAAUUUUGAUGGACUUGCAAAAGAUGGAUUUCUUUUUCGAGCUGAUUUCGGACAAUGCAUAGGAAUGAAAGAUUCAAAGGAAUUCGCAUUGGAACUAUUUGAUGCAUUGAGUAGAAGAAGAAGAUUGAAGAUUGAUAAAAUUAGUAAAGAGGAACUAUAUGAAUUUUGGUCCCAGAUUACUGAUCAAAGUUUUGAUUCAAGACUUCAAAUCUUCUUUGACAUGGUAGAUAAGAACGAAGAUGGUAGGAUUACUGAAUCUGAAGUUAAAGAGAUUAUCAUGCUGAGUGCCUCGGCGAAUAAGUUGGCAAGGCUUAAAGAACAAGCAGAGGAAUACGCUGCUCUCAUAAUGGAAGAGUUGGACCCCGAGAGGCUUGGCUACAUUGAGUUAUGGCAAUUGGAGACAUUGUUACUGCAAAAGGAUACGUAUCUAAAUUACAGUCAAGCAUUAAGUUACACAAGCCAAGCAUUAAGCCAAAAUCUGCAAGGACUAAGAAGCAGAAGCUCAAUAAGAAAAGUGAGCAGAAAUAUAAUUUACUACAUUGAAGAUAAUUGGAAAAGGUUAUGGGUAAUGGCAUUGUGGAUUGGGAUAAUGUUAGGGUUAUUUUUCUGGAAAUUCUUUCAAUACAAGAAUAGAUACCCAUUUAAGGUUAUGGGUUAUUGUCUUGUUACUGCUAAAGGUGCUGCUGAAACUCUCAAGUUCAAUAUGGCUCUCAUUCUCUUACCUGUUUCUAGAAACACCAUCACUUGGUUGAGGUCUACUAGACUUGCUUCUGUUAUUCCUUUUGAUGAUAAUAUCAAUUUUCACAAGACAAUAGCUGGAGCUAUCGUAGUCGGUGUAAUCCUCCACGCUGGGAAUCAUCUUGCCUGUGAUUUCCCGCGCUUGAUUAAAUCCUCAAAUGAUGUUUUUGAGCCUCUAAAACAUGAUUUUCCCGGCGAUCACAAACCCACAUAUGCCGCACUUUUACGUGGGCCAGAAGGUGUCACAGGAAUUCUCAUGGUUAUUUUCAUGGUAGUGGCAUUCACACUCGCAACUAGAUGGUUCAGACGUAGUCUCGUCAAGUUGCCUAAACCCUUCGACAAGCUUACAGGCUUCAAUGCUUUUUGGUAUUCUCAUCAUCUCUUUGUACUUGUCUACAUUUUGCUCAUAAUCCAUGGGUUCUACCUCUAUCUCGUGCACCAAUGGUACCAGAAAACGACAUGGAUGUACAUUGCAGUUCCUGUAGUCCUCUAUGCAUGUGAAAGAAUUGUUAGAUUUUUCCGGUCUGGGUUUUACUCAGUCCGCCUCAGAAAGGUUGCUAUUUAUCCAGGUAAUGUUCUUACUCUACAGAUGUCAAAGCCUCCAAACUUCAAGUACAAGAGUGGGCAGUAUAUGUUCGUCCAGUGUCCGGCAGUUUCACCUUUUGAAUGGCACCCAUUUUCAAUAACUUCAGCUCCUGGGGAUGAUUACUUAAGCAUCCACAUUCGACAACUUGGUGAUUGGACGCAGGAACUCAAAAGAGUUUUCUCAGAGGCAUGCGAGCUUCCACUAGCUGGGAGAAGCGGACUUCUACGAGCUGAUGAAACAACUAAGAAGAGCUUGCCGAAGCUAUUAAUAGACGGUCCAUAUGGAGCCCCUGCUCAGGAUUACAAGAAUUAUGAUGUUUUGUUACUUGUCGGGCUUGGAAUUGGAGCAACACCUUUCAUUAGUAUUUUAAAAGAUUUGCUCAACAACAUCAUCAGAAUGGAGGAACUGGCUGAUUCAAUAUCGGAUACCAGUCGAACAACAGAUCAGAGUGUUGGAACUUCCUCAGAUUCCUCUGUCAGUAAGUUCUCCCCUAAAAGAAAGAAACCUCUGAAGACAACAAAUGCGUAUUUCUAUUGGGUAACUCGAGAACAAGGCUCUUUCGACUGGUUCAAAGGGAUCAUGAAUGAAAUUGCUGAUCUUGAUCAUAGGGGUGUCAUAGAAAUGCACAACUACCUAACUAGUGUAUAUGAAGAAGGGGAUGCACGUUCAGCUCUAAUCACAAUGGUUCAAGCCUUAAAUCAUGCAAAAAAUGGGGUUGACAUUGUUUCUGGAACCACGGUGAGAACCCAUUUUGCAAGGCCUAACUGGAAGAAGGUCUUUUCAAAAACGUGCUCAAAGCACCCAAAUGCAAAGAUUGGUGUUUUCUAUUGUGGUGCACCCGUCUUAGCACAAGAAUUGGGCAAGCUCUGCCAUGAAUUUAACCAGAAAGGUUCAACCAAGUUCGAGUUUCACAAGGAGCAUUUCUAAUACCUCAACGGUAUAAAGUUAAACCCCUUUCUUUCCCACCUUACAGCAUUGUACCAAAAUCCAUAGAAAAAAAAAUACUUCCAAAAAUUCCUGUAUACUUGUUUCUUCUGGAAGAGAGAAAUAAAUGUGCAGGGUUGUUUUUACUAUAGGUUAAUAUAGUUAAAUUUUCAACUACCAAACACAACCAAGAAAAAGGAAUUGGUUGGCGAGGUAGAUCAGAUGAGAAGGCAAGCAGCUCCGAUCACUUAUAUGGGUGUGCCUGGGGAAAUAGGAUGUCAGUCGAAUUCUCCAACUGAUACACAGCUCCAGCGGAAAUGUCAUCGCCUUAAAAUUGGACAUAAUGUGAUCAUACAUUUUGACUUUGGAAACCUAGUUCAUGUAUAUUUUUACAAGCUUACAUAUAUCUAAAGUUUUGGACGAAUCUCAA